AUGGGGGUAGAUUUGGAUUUGUUAGAUUCUUGAAUGUUAAGGAUAAAAAGGAGCUUGAGAAGCAAUUAGACCAGAUCUGGGUGGGGGAGAAAAAAUAAUGGGUGAACUCUCCAAAGUAUGAAGAUGAGCAAAAGGUUGAUAGGGGAAGAAGAAGUAGUCAAACCAUGGAGCCAGUACUGCCGAUGAGAAGUUACGCCAAAGUAGUAAGAGGCAGGCAGUAUGGAAAUCAUGAGAAGGAGCUAAGAAUCAAGAAUAGUGAGACUCAGUUUGAGGAGAAAGGAGAGAACAAAAACAAAAACAGGAAAGAAGAGAGAAAGAAUGAUGAAAGGAAAAUGUGGCAGGAGAAAGGAGUGAGUAAAAGAUGGGUUGGAUUGGAAUAUAACGUGAAGCAAGAGGAUAGUGCAUGGCUAGAUCACUGUUAUGUGGGUUUGGCUCAUUCGAUUGAAAUUGUCCAUAAUUUUCAUGAAAAGUUCUACAUGGAAGACGUAGAAGAUGAUGAUGUGGCAAACAAAAGUGAUGAGUCCAACGGAAAAUUUGGCCCACCGGAAGAAGUGACGAAAGCUGCAGAAGCAAUGUCAAAAAGUGCAAUUCAAAUUCAAAAAGAAGUUGAGAGAGUGAAUAGUGCAAGAGACAAAGGGGUGGCACGACAGAUAUGGAAGACUGAUAAGGCUGUUGGGAAGAAUUCAGGCUCACUGGAAAGGCAUGGGAUGAAGCAAAUAGGGGGGCCGAACUUGCAUGAGGGCAGCCCAAGCUAUGCAGCAUCAUUUAACUUGGGUUUGGCCCAAAAAACAUGUGAAGGGCCAAACCCAAAUUCAAAAAGUGUGGCAGAAGCGGAAGAUAGUGCAGAUAGUGGGAAAGAAAGGUGCAGAAACAGGGAACAUGAGGCAGAAAGGAAGGAAAAAUCAGUAACGGAGAUGGAAAAUAACAGGGACUGUGAGCAUGCGGAAGAAACGAAGGAAAGUACAGAAGAAGAUCUCCCACAGGAAUCUCACGGAAAAAGUAAAGAGGGAGUGCAGAUUUGGAGGAAUGAGAGACCGAAGAGAGCUGUAAAAAUGAGGAAGAAGAAAAUAAGUUUAUGUAGUUCGGUUUACUCAAAAUCAGAAGUUGUUGGAAAAAUGAAAGGAAAGAGAAGGAUCGGCAAUCAACAAGGGGAAGGGAGGGUAGAUCCGGAAUUUGUAAGAAUUGAGGAAAUGGAGAGCAGAGACAGGCAGACAAAGACAGAAUUGGGAAGGCAGGGAGCCGGUGAUGUAAAGAAGAAGGAAUGUCCGGAGGCCUUGUAUGUGUAUGGAAUUCUAAGGUGUUCAGGAAAAAAAAAAGAUUUAAUGGGGAGCAACUAUAUUGGUGUGAAUGGGUUAUGGGGGGAGGAUCUGACGCCUGUAAAUGUUUUGAAUGUCUACUCCCCAUGUCAUCUGACGGGAAAGAGAGCCUUAAGGGAGGAGGUAAUGAGUCUAAUUAGGAGUAGAAAGGGCAAAUGGUGCAUAGGAGGAGACUUUAAUGCUGUAAGAAGUGUAGAGGAACGGGCAGGAUGCAAGGAGGUAUUGAGGGAAAUGAGUGAGUUUAACUGUUUCAUUCAUGAUGCGAGAUUAGUUGAUUUAACACUAGUGGGAAGAAAAUACACUUGGUACAACUUUAAUGGCCAAAGCAUGAGCAGAAUUGAUAGAUUUUCGCUUUCGGAAGAAUGGCUUAUGAAGUGCAGUGAUGUAAAGCAAUGGGGAUUGAGAAGAACAGUGUCAGAUCAUUGCCCUGUCAUGUUGAAGAAUGAUAGGAUAGAUUGGGGACCAAAACCAUUCAGAUUCUUUGAUGUAUGGCUGGAACAACUAGGUUGCAAGGAAAUGAUCAGUAAUGUGUGGAGAUCGACAAUGAUUAAAGGAUGGAAGGGCUUCGUUCUCAAAGAAAAACUGAAAAGAACCAAGCAAGCAUUGAAAGAGUGGAGUGGUAGAUCUAUGGCAGAGGUUGACUGUAAAAUAAAUGAGGUAGAAAGGGAGAUAGUAGCAAUUGACAAGAGAGGAGAGGAGGUACAACUCUCGGCAGAGGAUAGCAAAAAGAGGAGAAAUAGUUUUCUUAACCUUUGGAGGAAUUUAAAAAUAAAUGAGAGAAUGUGGCAACAAAAGUCAAGAAAGAUGUGGCUAAAGGAAGGGGAUGCAAACACAAGAUUCUUCCAUAGAAGUGUGAAGGGAAGAUGGAGGAGAAAUGAAAUGAAUUGUAUCCAAAUUGAUGGUGAACAGCAUACGGGGGUGGCUCAGAUAAAAGAAGAGGUGGUAAAGUACUUCAAGAAGAUGUUCACAGAAGAAAAAUGGAACAGACCAAAGCUCGAUGGCAUCAACUUCAAACAGAUAUCCCAGACAGAUAAUGAGCUCCUCAUGGCACCUUUCACUGAAGAGGAAUAAAGAAAUUGGAAUAAAGAAAAGGGGGUGGUUGGGAUGAGAUGGAUGUUUGAUCAAUGGAGGCAGUGCCGCGCAGAAAACAUGUAAAUCAAAGUUACAGUGAUGG